CUACCUGGAGAGGUGGCGUAUCUCAGAUCUGAGCAGCGCAGUCAGACAGCCAAGUUUUCUCCUGAAGAUCACCUUGAACUUGCAAUGCUGAACUUUAGAAGCAUUCCUCCAGGGAGCUGAAAGAAGUCUACGGAAGCGACUACGGAAGUUUUGCACAAGGGGAGGAGACUUAGGCCGGGGCUGGCACUCGCUGAGAAGCCAACCUGCCAUGCCUUCGAGGGUGGUCUCCAGAGGAACCGGUUCCUGUCACCUCUGAUCAGCCAGCUCCCGCAGGUCCGGGGCUUCCGAUUCCCCCCCCUUCUGUUUUUCCUCCCUUGGAGAUGAACCAAAGACUUGACUUGCUCUCUUCCCUACCUGGAAUUGGCACUCUUGCUUACCUGGGCUCGGCGUUACCUGAUCCGAUAGCCAGGUCAGACCACCAAAGAAAGAGAAAUUUUCAUUUCAAGCUGCCGCUCCAUCUGAGUUGAAGUCUCUGCCCUGUUUUUCAACCUUGCGUUGGCAAGGCUGGGGAGAGAGCGUUCUUUGGUGGCACCACCUUGGCAAGCCGCUUUGUAUUUAGAGCGGGUCACUCUUUCUUUUUCUUUUCCUUUUUUUAAAAAAAAGAUCCGUUUCUAGCCUUUUUUUUUUUUUUUUUUUAAAUACUAUUCGUUUCACCUCGCUGCAAUCUGCCCAUGGCUUUCUUGAUGAAGAAAAAGAAAUUCAAGUUUCAGAUCAGUUUCACCUUGGAGGAGCUGACGGCGGUUCCUUUCGUGAACGGCGUGCUGUUCUGCAAAAUUCGGCUGUUGGAUGGAGGCGACUUUGUCACUUUAUCGUCUAGGGAAGAAGUUCAGGAGAACUGUGUUCGCUGGAAGAAGAAAUUUACCUUUGUCUGCAAGAUGAGUGCCAAUCCCACCACGGGGCGCCUAGACCCUUGCAUCUGCCGAGUGUCAGUCCGCAAAGAACUGAAGGGGGGGAAAACCUAUUCCAAGCUAGGCUUCACUGACCUGAACUUGGCCGAAUUUGCAGGCUCCGGCCUCACUGUCCGAUGCUGCUUGUUGGAAGGAUAUGACACCAAGAACACCAGGCAGGACAAUUCCAUCUUGAAGGUGACGAUUGGCAUGUCCCUCUUAUCCGGAGACCCUUGUUUCAAAACCCCGCCCUCCACGGCCAAAUCCGUCGCCAUUCCAGGGCAGGACUCCACCCUGCAGCUCACUUGCAAAGGGGAGGGAACCAGCAGGACUGCAACUCCCAACACCAACUCAGCGUCUUCGAUCGGUUCCGUCCGUCAGAACAAACCCCGGGCCACCAUCCUCGGAUCAGGGGUUCUGGAAGACCCAGACCAGAAUUUGUCGAGUCCGGAAGAAGUAUUCCAUUCGGGACAUUCGCGGAAUUCGAGUUAUGCCAGUCAGCAGUCCAAAAUCUCUGGAUACAGCACGGAGCAUUCCAGGUCCUCCAGCCUGUCGGACCUGACCCACCGCCGGAACACGUCAACCAGCAGUAGCGCCUCGGGAGGUCUCAGCAUGACGGUGGAAUGCCCAGAGGGCGAACGGGAGCACAGGUUGGAGAGGCCGCCAAGACCCCCCAGGCCAAGCCUUUUGCUGGACAGAUCUUCCCGAAGGAAAAAGGAUUCUGUGGAAAGCCACCCGACAUGGGUAGACGACACCCGGAUCGAUGCGGAUGACAUAGUGGAGAAGAUCAUGCAGAGUCAGGACUUCACAGACGUCAGCAACACGGAAGAUAGUAACCUGAGGCUGUUUGUGAGCAGAGACGGCACCACUACGCUAAGUGGGAUUCAGCUAGCGAACAGAGUCUCAUCUGGAGUUUACGAGCCAGUGGUAAUCGAAACCCAUUAAAUGUGAACAAGAUGGGGUGCACCUGCUGGAAACCUGUCUCUGCAGUUAGGGUGGGUGCCCUUUCCUCCCCACCCCGCUUCUUCCUUCCUUCCUUCCUUUCUUUCUUUUUAAUCUUCUCUGCACAUAACAUUCCGGGCAGGACUUCCCAAACUCCCCGACGUAAGCACUCCUCAUCUGCCCAGAGGUACUCCAAAACAGGCACUUUAUGUUGGGUCUGGGAAGAGGACUAUAUGGACUAUAUUCGGAAGGAUCCGGUCAACGGUCCUGCCCCUUGCAAGCGCCCCCUUGGAGGGAGAGCAACUCAGGACUCAGCAUCUCGGUGAGCGUGGUUCCACCAGUCCUUCCUCUUCCCACCGCCGAGUUACACCACUGUGAACGCUUCUUUCUCGCUGCCCCGUCCAAGAAAGCCUCCGAUUGGAAAGAGAAGGAUCGUUGCUAAUCGAGCGCAGAAGCGCGACGGCCACAAGGAUUCCGCGGCCGGCUCGUCCACCGCUCCUCUCUUGCAGGCCACAAGAAAUGAUCCCUCCAAGGGCUGGUAACGAAGGAACGAAGGCCCCCAGCUGCCGCACUAAUCUUGACUUUGAGCCAGAAGCCUCCCCAAGCUCUGUCUUUCAUAGGAAACGGCUUGUGUGCUUUGGGUCUCCUCGAAAAGGCUGUUUCGAGCAUCCGUGGAAAUCGAUGGUUUUGCAGAUGCAGAGUGCCGGUUCAGUCGAUGUCCCCCUUCUCCUGCAGGACAAGGAAGGGGGCUGACUUUGGCCAGCUGCCAUUCAAGGGGACUCUUGAAGAACCCCAAAUGCGCCUAAGGAAAAAGCUUUGAAACGCUGGCGUUCAGCAGCGGGAACCGCUGUGGACUUUUUCAUUUUUUAAAAAACGGUUGUUUUGGGUACCACGCAGUCACUGCUGCCAGGUGAGGGGGUGAGGGCCCCAAGCCAGUUGGGGCUCUGCCUUUGUAUUGGAGGUGCAGUAGCAAAGCAUUCCGCGUUAGCCCCAAGCAUCGUUGCCUUCUAGAUGCAAACCACGUUGGGUUAGAGUUCUUCUUGGCUCAGCUUUGAUGUGGAACAGGGGCCUUGCUGCACUGAGAAGGUAUCCAGGGCCUCCCUUCCCCCUGUCCAAGCCAUGGUGGAGAGGUUUUGAUUACAGCAUGCCAAAAGUUUCGCCAGUCACUUGCUUUCCCACGGAGCACGUGGAGUCUGAGCAGGGUCCAUAAGCAGUGAAACGAGAAGGGUAGAAUUCUGAAGUCCUCGGUCAACUGGAUGUCCUCAGCUGGGUUCUACCAGGUUUGGAGGGUGUGUAGAGGGGAGAUUCCUGGGGCUGUCUUUCAAUCAGAUCGAUGCUUCCUUGCCCUCUCCAUCCAAAUGUUGAGAUUUGUGUAGGAAGGAAGUAGUUUCUGUGCUGUGUGCAGGAGCAGUGAAGCCGUGAGUUGGUUUUCCCCAUGUUGCAUCCUUGUUGUUUUCUUCUGGCCGCUAGAUCUGGAAGCCUGGAGCGAAGGGUUGUUCCUGUGCAGUGUUCAUCCUACACAUUGGAUUCUCCCACCCCUUCACCAGGGGUGGGAGAACUCAGUUUUUCCCCACUGCAAGACAGUAGCUAAGGGCACUGUGAUCUUUUAACAACCUUGUGCUCGGCCUUGGUGCACACUUACACAUUUCACACGGUUCAGCAAAGUGAGAGGGGCUGGCCUGGGGUUGUCAUCUCCCCCACGCUCCCUUUAGACUAGUAACUGUGCUCUGAAGCAAGAGUGUGCAAAGGGAAUUUAGGAGCAGGAUCAAGAAUUGGGAAGAGGGGCACCUGAGCAUCCGGGCUAGGCCUGUGGUUCCUUGAGUGGUAGCAAGACAGUCAGUGGGUGAGGACCUGCCGAAAGUUGGGUUCCUCACCCAAACACUGUCCAGAACAGUUCUCUCCUAUCUCAGCUGAGCUAGCCAAGGGUUGUAUGAGUUGAACUCCAACCUAGCUAGAAGGCACUAUGUUGGACAGGUCGGAGAGCUGCAAACCCUCCCUGAACAUCACAGACUCUUCAUGGCCUAGAUAGAAUGAGGAGAAACCUGAGAAAGGUCUAGAAUCUCCAGGACAGGCCUGGAGAAAUCCAUGUGGAAGCUAGUGGCCUUCCGAAAUCCUUGCACCACCAUGACAGAAGAUGCCCUCUAGUGAGCCGGGCAUUGCAACCACGGUUCACGUGCAUGCUUGCUAGGAAAGGCCUGGUGAGUCGGAAGAAGUUAGAAGUCCUCCUAACCCAACCUGAGAUACGCCUGUUGGUCUUCAGUGGCCGGUCCCACCAUGACGGUGAGGCGAUAGAGCUUACUAUUUUUUUCCCUUGUUGGCUAAUUCUGCGGUUUAGGACAUGGGUCACACAUAGCAAAGCACUAUCUGAGAUAAUUAACCUAGAGAUGCCAUUUGGAAAAUGGUUCGUUUUAAAUUGACAUUCUUACACCACUGUUACCUUUUUUCCCCCCCUUUGAUUUUGAAAUGUAUUGAUUUUUGUUUAUCAACCCAGCAGGCUGGUGUGUGUGUUGCGAAUUUUGGAGGGGGGGGGAGUUGAAAUCAUUGUUUCAUCGUUAUAUUAUCUCUUGGGUGGUGGUUGAUUGGGUUUUUUUGUUUUUGGUUUUAAUGAUGAUGUCUAACUUGAGCAGAGUCUUGAUUUCUCUCAUUUCUUGCUCGUUGCAUUCCUUCAACGCUUUGGGGUUUUUAUUGCUCACCCACCCAACUUGGAUCAAAGAGCCUUUGAUUCUGGAAUGGCACCGUGGCCGGGCGGGAGCAGAACUGGAUUCUGUCCUCCUUCCACACACGGUGCCAGAUGUGAAGACUUUGGGCUUGACGGUUCUGCAGCAGAAAACCUUUCGAUGUUUUGAUGAAAGGUUCUCGGAGAUGAGGUGGAGCGGUUCCUGGAGGGGUGAGAAGCCCUCGGCUGGAAGAGCCCUCCCAGUGCUGCAGAGAUGGUGAUGAGACAAUGAUGAUGAUGUUCAUUUCGGGUCAGUGACCAGAUGAGAAAUUUUGUGAAGCAGGUGUGGACAAAAGAGUCCUUCCCGUUUGUCUGGUGCAAAAUGGCACGCUUCUCAGUUCCCCCAGUGCCCCCUCCAGUCUCUUCAGAGAAUUUAUUUCUGAUUCCUUUUAUUAACACUGUCAGUUUCUUUUCUUUUUUAAAGUAGUUUGGGUCUCCGCAGUGACACACUCCCAAAUGGCCUUCUCCUUCUCCUUCUCCUUCUCCUUCUCCUUCUCCUUCUCCUUCUCCUUCUCCUUCUCCUUCU